AUGCCCGCAAGAAGGCUCUCAAGAGCCGUGCUGACCACGGUACUCCGGCCCGUGGCUUCAGCAACCGCAAUUCAUUCGACAAGUAUUAAUAGCAAUGUAUGUUUGCCAGGCUCUAUUUCUGCAGUAGCUACACGCCGACAACAACAACAAUGCAUUGCCACAAUGGUACCCGGUUCAUCAUCUGGACUUUAUUCGGAGAAUACGACUCCGCACCGUGAAGUCAUGGAUGGUUCUGAGGCUGAGUAUCUUGAAACAAGCAGUGGUGGUAAUGGUGGUUGUGAGAAAGACAAUGGCCACAAGAAUCGCAAUAACAGUAGCAGUAACAGUAACAAGUUUAUGGACCAAGAUACGGUGUUGUUGACAGAAGACGAAACUCAGGUGCUCCAGCGAUUGGGACUGACAAGUAAUGCAGGAGAACAAUACCAGAGACUAGGAGCGCAACAUGUUACAGGCUCUGGGUUGGCGCAGGUGUUAGGCGCGCUUGCAGCUGCUGCCGGGCUUCGUGGCGCUGAUCUAGUGACAGGUGCAAACCCCGGGCCCGAGUCUCUUUUUAGCAACGUUACUUGCAACACAUCUAAGACUACGACGACUACAGAGGCCUCUGCCCAUGCAACCACUAAUAAUAUCAAUAUGAGCAUUCGCAAUGGUAAUAAUAAUGACCCAGGAAAUAACAACCGUGGUGGAGGCAACGGCGGUGGCGGUGACGGAGGGUCGUACAUUCAAAAACUGGAGAACCUGGCACGUCUGGUGGCCGAUAUUGAUGCACGGGUCCCACACAUGCUUCACUCUGCAAGCACGGCAUCACCAGUGUCCAACAAAAUGGAAUUGUCGCCAGAUAUUGUGUUACGGUUGUUCCCUGACAGCCGUCAGUUUUAUGAGACGGAGGUUGAGGAUGAAGAGAGUGGAGAUGGUGCGGCUGCGGGGUCAAAUAAAGAUGAGGCUCAAGGAGAAUCUUCUACAUCUACAUCGUCUUCUACACAUAAAAAAAAAAAAAGAAAACUGCACCUCAAAAUCCCAUUACCAGGAACAGGAUUCGGACCCUUUUCGCACGGUGCAGGGUCAGCUCCAGGUCUUAUGAGACCUUCCUUCCACGGCGGGUUGUCCGGAUACCCUCAGUUGGGUCGUGAAUCGUCUUCGUCUUCAUCUGCAUCUUCAUCUUCAUCUUCUUCCUCCAUCAACGACAACAACGACGGGUCCAACGGCAACAGCAAUGGUAAUAAUGGAAUGUAUCUUUCAGUGCCGAUUCCACAAAUCAUCAAGGGCCGUGUUGCAUAUUCAGCAGCCAUUCGGGCAGUUCAGUUGGUGGCAACGACCCUAUUUGUACGUCCUGAAACACAGUUGCAUGUCAUUUCGUCGUAUUUUGUGGGGCCCAGUGGUGAGUUGUUGUCACUUGGCGGUGGCUCACGGGCUGGGGUAUUUGCGCCUGUUCGUGGAACAGAUUUAGAGCAAGAUGGAGAUGAAAGAAAUAAUGGUGAAGGGAAUGGGGAUAUCAAUGAGGGAGAAAAUUCAGGAGAUACCUUGCCGCCACCGUCAUCGUCACAUAAUCAUAAUCAUCGUCAUCAUCAUGAUCACAGACAUGCAGGGAAAACAGCAGCACAUCAGGUUGCAGAAAUGCUUGAGGGUGAGAGGGCUUCUGUUGUGCCCAAGAAGUAUGUUAUCAAAUGGCGGACAUGUUCUGAGGGGUGGUGUCAUCAUGGAGAGAGUAGCAGUUCAUUAUCUUCGUCUUCUUCUACGUCUUCUACGUCUUCUACGUCUUCUACGUCUUCUACGUCUUCUACGUCUUCUUCUUCGGUUCCUCUUUCGAGCCUAAAGUCUGAUUCUGAAUCGGCUGUAGGAAGUUCUGAUGAAAACCCAUUUUCGUUAGUAGAGAGGGUUAUUCGUAAAGCCAUGAUGACAUUAAGUCCACGUGCGGGAGGUGGCAGUGGUAGUGGUAGUAGUAGUGGCAGUGGGAAUGGUUCUGCGUCUUAUCUUAUGGGUAUUUUCGAAUUUGAAUUUACAGGAGAUUGUACUCAGAUUAAUGUACAUACGAUCCAGGAUGUGGAGCAUUUGCGGGAUGCGGUUGAAGAUGAUGUGGUGAUAAGUCCAGCCUCGACUGCGUUUUUCUGA